CGCCGCCAGCCGCCACCCGGCCGGAGCCUCAGCCUCUCCCGACCCCGGUGGUCCGAGCCCCGCUCGCCGACCCCUUUCCCUUCGGGACGAUGCGAGGCUUCGGAGACCGGGACCGGGACCGCGACCGCGGAGGGUUUGGGGCAAGUCGUGGCGGAGGUGGCCUACCUCCAAAGAAAUUUGGUAAUCCUGGAGAGCGGCUGCGAAAAAAGAAGUGGGACCUAAGUGAAUUGCCCAAAUUUGAGAAGAAUUUUUACGUGGAGCACCCGGAAGUGGCCAGGCUGACCCCAUAUGAGGUGGAAGAGCUCCGCCGGAAGAAAGAAAUUACAGUGAGAGGAGGAGAUGUUUGCCCUAAGCCUGUGUUUGCCUUCCACCAUGCGAACUUCCCACAGUACGUGAUGGAUGUGUUAAUAGAUCAGAACUUCACAGAACCAACCCCAAUUCAGUGCCAGGGCUUCCCUUUGGCUCUCAGUGGCCGAGAUAUGGUGGGCAUUGCUCAGACAGGCUCCGGGAAGACAUUGGCGUAUUUGCUUCCUGCCAUUGUUCACAUCAAUCACCAGCCAUAUUUGGAAAGGGGAGAUGGUCCAAUUUGUCUGGUUCUGGCUCCCACCCGAGAGCUUGCCCAGCAAGUACAGCAGGUAGCUGAUGAUUAUGGCAAAUGCUCCAGGUUAAAGAGUACUUGCAUUUAUGGAGGUGCUCCCAAGGGUCCCCAGAUUCGAGACUUGGAGAGAGGUGUUGAGAUCUGCAUAGCCACUCCUGGCCGCCUGAUAGAUUUCCUGGAAUCAGGCAAGACCAAUCUCCGUCGCUGUACAUACCUUGUCCUGGAUGAAGCUGACAGGAUGCUCGAUAUGGGUUUUGAACCCCAGAUUCGUAAAAUUGUCGACCAAAUAAGGCCCGAUCGGCAAACCCUGAUGUGGAGUGCCACAUGGCCAAAGGAAGUGCGGCAGCUCGCGGAAGACUUUCUCCGGGAAUACACCCAGAUCAACGUAGGCAACCUGGAACUGAGCGCCAACCACAACAUUCUGCAGAUCGUGGAUGUUUGCAUGGAGAGCGAGAAGGACCAUAAAUUGAUUCAGCUGAUGGAGGAAAUAAUGGCAGAAAAAGAGAACAAGACAAUAAUCUUUGUGGAGACAAAAAGACGAUGUGAUGAUCUCACACGGAGGAUGCGCAGGGAUGGCUGGCCGGCUAUGUGUAUCCAUGGAGACAAGAGCCAACCAGAAAGAGAUUGGGUACUUAAUGAGUUUCGUUCUGGGAAGGCUCCUAUCCUCAUUGCUACGGAUGUAGCCUCUCGUGGGCUAGACGUGGAAGACGUGAAGUUUGUGAUCAACUAUGACUACCCGAACAGCUCGGAGGAUUACGUCCAUCGCAUUGGCCGGACCGCCCGGAGCACCAACAAGGGCACCGCCUACACCUUCUUCACCCCGGGAAACCUGAAACAAGCCAGGGAGCUGAUCAAAGUGCUAGAGGAGGCCAAUCAAGCCAUUAACCCUAAGCUGAUGCAGCUAGUGGAUCACCGAGGGGGCGGCGGCGGAGGGGGGGGUCGUUCUCGCUACCGCACCACCUCUUCGGUCAACAACCCCAACCUGAUGUACCAGGACGAGUGCGACCGGAGGCUCCGGGGAGUCAAAGACGGUGGCCGGAGAGACUCGGGAGGCUACCGGGAUCGUGGUGACACCGACAGAGCCGGCUACGCUAACGGCAGUGGCUACGGGAGUCCAAACGCUGCCUUCGGAGCCCAGGCGGGGCAGUACACCUACGGUCAAGGCACCUACGGGGCAGCCGCCUACGGUGCCAGCGGUUACGCCGCCCAAGAGUACAGCGCUGGCACUUACGGAGCGAGCGGAGCCCCCUCUACCGCCCGAAGUUCUCAGAGCUCCAGCCAGCAGUAUAGUGGGUUAAGCCGGUCAGGGCAGCAGCCCCAGCCGCUAAUGUCACAACAGUUUCCCCAACCCCCGGGGGCCACCAACAUGAUAGGCUACAUGGGGCAGACUGCCUACCAGUACCCUCCGCCGCCUCCCCCUCCUCCCCCGUCCCGUAAAUGAGACCGCUCCAGAAAGCGGUCACCUGCCCCGUCCCUGCUUUUAAAGGAACUUUUUUUUUUUAAUUCUCUCUCCCUUUCUUUUUCUUCCUUUUUUUUUUCUUUUUUUACCAUUGUGAUUUGUCUUUUCAUGCAGGUUAGUUAGAUUUCAAAAAUAUCCCAGUCUGUAAUACAGAUUUUGUAAAAAACAAAAAAAAAAGUAUAUAGCUGAUUGGAAAUGUUCACUUUUUUUUUUUUCCAACGCCUUGCAUGUUGAGGAAAUGGAGCCGAUCUUUCUUUUCUCUUUAAGGAAAACAAAAUAAAAUGGGUAAAAGGCAGUUCAGCCCCAGCCCA